GAGUUGUUCACUUGUCUAUUUUUACUUUGCAUUUCAGGCCUGGGAAAAGUUUCUUGUUUUAUUUUCGUCUGUCGGCUCGGCUGGAUAAUUAAUUUAAUUAGGAUAAACACCAGCAGUAACUGUGUGACCUCAGUUAAUUAAUUAUAAUGAGGUCGUUACUGAUCUCGUCUGCCCUUCUUCUCGUCACGAUUUGGUCUGUUAGUUCUGGCGUGGACGACAAGGCCGAAGUCGUCGUACCGUCUGGGUUCCUCUGCCCAAAUUGUUACGAGCGAGCAAAGUCUGUGCUGGAGAAGGCGUGGACCUUGACAGAUCCAUUGGUCACGAGUUAUGGCGUUUUAGUCUACAACAUUUUGAAGUUCGACAUUCCAAAAGCGCAGGAGGUGUGUAAAUUCCUACAAACGAGCCUUGACGGGCAGGAUGGGACAAAGACUGAAGCACCCUUUGCUAUUUCUUCGGCCAUCACCAAAGUUUCUGGGUGCAAAGCAGCCGCAUUGAAACCGGCUUUAAAGCAGAACCUGGAUAAAAUCCUCAAGGAAGGAACAAAUUCCCAGGACAUUUAUUAUGCUGCGGAAACUUUGAAAAAUACGGGAGGAGCAGUUGACACUGCCAAGAUUGCUGAAUUAUUAAAAGCUGCAACAAAAGCGGAUGAUAGCCCACAAUCUUUGGGCUACGCUUUGUGGGCGUCAACCGUGGGGUUCAAAAGUGGAGGAAAGUUGGAAAUUUGGGAAAGGAUUGAGGACGUAAUUGCACAGGCGGAUGAAAUUGACAAGCAAUAUCUUCAGUUUGAGGGUGGACUUUCAGUGACUGCUGCUGUUAUAAAUGGCGUGUUCCGUCUGGCUGACGUUUCUGGAAAACCGUUCCCCUUGAAGAACGAUCAAGUCGUGAAAUUCAGCAAUUAUUUGAUCUCUCGGAAAACGGUUACCACUCCACGAGGACUUUGGCUGUUUCUUACUGCAUUGGAUAUUGUCUCGGGAAACAAGUUCAUGAACCCAGUUUACAUUGGAAUUAGUGGAUCCAAUGUUUUGAAUGAUGCCAACAAAGUUUUAUCUGUGAAAGUUGCCGACUUAUUUGGAAGACCGGUUGAUGUAGCCGUCUCUUUGGAAUCGUUGACUAGCUCGACUGGGACUAAAGUUGGAGAUAUUCAACUUGUACAAGCUGUACCAUCCAGUGACAAGAAGACUUUUACCGUGGACUUGAAAUCAAAGACUUUAGCUAAAGGCUUUUACAAAGCUGUGUUGGUUCCAAAGUCUCCCAAAAAUGACAAGAAACUGAUCUUAUUGCCAACAACUGUACAAGUCAAAGUAACUGGAAAAUUGGGAGCAGUCACAGCUCGCGUUGGCGUUGCAGAUACUGAUCAGCAGUCUCAAACUAAAUGGCACGAUUUGAACAUUAAGCAAAAAUUGAGCUCCAAGUUGGAGUUGGACCCUUCAAACAAAUUGGUCAUCAAAGUAGCCACAAGUCAGUCUCUUCAUCAAGUUUUUGUCAUCUUGAAGAGCAAAGCAACCAAGAAGGAGGUGGCGUUCAUUGCUCAACCGGAAAGUGACGGGAAAACUGAUUAUAAGUUAGAAUUGGAUUUGACCUCCAAUGCAAAGGAUCUCGGAUAUAACUCUGGGGCAUAUGAAAUUACCCUGAUUCUUGGAGAUUUCUUCAUCGAUGAUUCUGUGGAAUGGGUUCUGGGUGAUGUACAAUUGCAAGUUGCUUCAGGAAAGCCCAAGGCACCAAAUCCUUUGUACGGCAUUGCAUAUGGACCUAAACCAGAAAUUAAGCAUCAAUUCCGAACACCAGAACCACGACCAGCACGAGUUCUAUCGGAUGCGUUCACCAUUCUGACAUUGUCUCCAUUGCUCAUCCUUUUCAUUCUUUGGAUCAAGAUUGGAGCGAACAUUAGCGGAUUUCCAGCGUCUCUCAGUGCUGUCCUUUUCCAUCUCGGUCUCGGAGGCAUUUUCGGCGUGUAUGUCCUCUUCUGGAUCAAGCUUACCAUGUUCGAAGCUCUCAAACUUAUCAGCAUUCCAGGAUUCAUCACUUUCAUCUUUGGGCACCGUUUAUUGUCUUAUUUGUCUGAUAAACGUAAAGCUUGAGAAAAUCCUCGAGUAGAGUAGUUCGUAGUCUCAGUCAAUAUUUUCCGUGCCUUGUUAAUUCCACUGUUAUCAUUUCCAAAUAUGUGACUUAAAUUUUCAUAUUACGAGUCAAAUGUAGUAGCUUUCUUGUUCUUGUCGAGUGAACAUUUGAAGAAUGAUUUUGUUAAAUUAUUAUGACGAUGGGCAGUAUGUUUUUUCAGUUACUAUUGUGCACAAUAGCAAAUGUUUUUCAAAAAUAAAUGUUAACCACAGUAAAAAA